AUGCAUCUCAGUCAGCUUCUAUUCAUCUUAGUAAAUCUUCUCCCAUAUAUAGGCUUAGUGUUUGGGGAUAGUACACAAGAAUGUGGACUGUUUUUUGGGCCAAGUAGAAUAGAUGGCAAAUACAUCUGUCAGAAUUCAGGCCGCAUGGCAUACCUCUGUGCACCACCACAAUUUCCUAAAAUUCCUCUGGACAAUUGUGUACCUUACGUUACUGCUCCAGCAUUAACUGGAGUUGAUACUCAAGCAACCCAAACCCAUCAAGACUGUGAUACAGCGAAAAAACAUGACGACGAGCGUUACAUCAACUGUGGAAUGCUUGCCGUGCUGGCUACUGGUAAUAUCGUUAGCACGGCUUUCCGAUGUGAAUAUAACAACUGGAAUUUGAAUGUUGCAUAUGAGUGCAAACUUAUAGCAGAUCAUUCCAUUGAAUAUGAGGUGGAUUAUCAAUUUCCAGAAUAUAGGGAUUAUUUGAUAUCAUGA